AUGGAAAUCGGGGGUGCAGCGAUGCAGAGGAUGGCCGCUGCCGGAGGGCCCGGGCCCCUCAGCCUUCAGGGCCCUCCAAGGUCAGUGAAAAUCUCACCCGUUAACAUACAGGACGAGCCCGGUGACCUCACUGCUCAAAAAAGCACAAGUUCGCAUUGCGUGGGAUGUGGUGGUCGAAUUCACGACCAGUGGAUCUUGCGAGUUGCACCGAAUCUGGAAUGGCACGCUGCUUGUUUGAAAUGCGCGGAGUGCCAGCAAUUUUUGGACGAGAACUGCACCUGCUUCGUGAGAGACGGGAAAACUUAUUGCAAGCGUGAUUAUGUCAGGUUGUUCGGGACAAAGUGCGACAAGUGCAGCGAAUGCUUCAGCAAGGACGACUACGUGAUGAGGGCAAGGAGCAAGAUUUAUCACAUAAAGUGCUUCCGAUGUUCAGCCUGCAUGAGGCAGCUAAUGCCAGGCGACGAGUUCGCCCUGAGACAGGAUGGCCUCUUCUGCAGGCACGAUCACGACGUCCUAGAAGGCGGGAAGCUGUGCUCGGGGCCUGGUGGCGUUCCUGGAAGUGAGAACAACAACAACGCGUCCCUUAUGAAUAAUAAUCACCAUCUGCACCCCAACGAUGGCUCGAUAUCAGACUCCGGUUCUGAAAGCGGGUCGCACAAAGCUGGCGUGGGUGGUACUCGAGGAUCUGGCGGCCAUAAAAGCGGUGGUGGCUCUGACGGGAAGCCAACCAGAGUUCGCACCGUUUUGAACGAGAAGCAGCUUCACACUCUGAGGACCUGCUACGCCGCGAAUCCGCGGCCGGACGCGUUGAUGAAGGAACAAUUGGUCGAGAUGACUGGCCUGAGUCCGCGCGUGAUCAGGGUAUGGUUCCAGAACAAGCGGUGCAAGGACAAGAAGAAGACGAUCGCCAUGAAGCAGCAGAUGCAGGAAAAGGAUGGCCGUAAAUUAGGCUUUGGCGGUAUGCAUGGAAUUCCCAUGGUGGCCAGUAGCCCCGUGAGACACGAGAGCUCCAUAGGAAUGACGCCACUGGAAGUACAAGCUUAUCAACCACCGUGGAAAGCUCUUUCAGACUUUGCCUUGCACACUGAUUUAGACAGGCUAGAUCCUAACACCCCCUCUUUUCAUCACCUCGUGUCACAGAUGCACGGUUACGAUCUCCACAGCGGACCACCACAAUUACCACCGCCGGGAAUGCUUGGCGGGCCAAUGAACGACGGUGGAGGCGGCGGGGGUGGUGGUCCUCUGCCACCCCCUGGUCCACACCACCCUAACAGUGGCCCAGACAUGGGACAACACCCUGACAGCACGGAUAGCUAUGUAACUUACCUCGAAAGUGACAGUGACUCCCUUCAUCACGAUACAGGAAGUCCAUAGUGUUGUGCAGUGUGGCCAGAACGAAAGUGUCCGCUUUCUUCGUGGUCUUCUUUCAAUAAGUGCUUGAAGAGAAUCGUAGUCUGCGAGAACAAAUAGGGG